AUGCAUCAGUCUACUGCACUUUGCGUUAAAGGAGAUUUAGAGCGUAUGGGACGCUGCCCGAUUCAGCUGGCCACCCAAGGGUGUACGAGGGCUGGUGAAAUCAGUCGCAUCCCGACCUUACUGGCCGCCCAGCUUGAUCGAUUUUUUUUUUAUUCCCCACUCGUUUUAUUUAGUGCUCUUCGAUCCCCCCCUCUUUUUGGUAAAUUGGCAGUAGUCAGGAGACCAUUACAUUGUUUUCGCAUCAUCUCCCUCAACUAUAUAACAAAAGAAAGUCCCCCCCCCCUUUCUCCUUUCCAAAAAAAACUUAAAACAAAAAAAAUGAAUUCACAUCAACAAAUGCAGCGGGUCUCCGAGCUGCGGAUGCGUCGAUGGGGUCGUCAUGAAGCGGCAGCCAGUUCCAGCAUCAGCGCCAGCGAACUGGAACUUUCGCUGCGUUCCGCUUCUCUCAACACUUCGUUCUCCACGACGGAGACCAUCUGCGAAACUGCCACCACCACCUCGUCCCCAUCGACGAGAGAGAGACGCAGUGGCGGAUCGUUCAAUGUUACAUCACGCACAGCAUCCACGGCCAGUAGUGAUUCACCGGUCAACUUUGAAUUCUGCCGGGCAAGUAGCAGUACCGGCCAGUCUAACUAUCACGGCGGAGGUGGCGGAUCUCGGGCGGCAUCUCCGCUCCUAAACGGAAGUUCACCGUGCCCCAGUCCGACCCCGCGUAGCCCGAGGAGUCCGAUGACUCCACGCAGUUCACGCAGUCCGUGUCGUUCGCCCAGUAGCCAACAACCUAGUCCCGGCCAUCAGACACCGACGUCUGCAAGUCCACAUCCUUAUUCAUCUAGAAGAAGAUCGGGUGUGGCGACGGGAAACUUAGCGCGUUUAGCAUCGCGUCGAUCGAGCCGCGAUUCCGAGGUCGGAGAACCGUCACCGUUGCAAUGCGUUCGCAAUCAUCAGCGUAGAACGUCAAAUUUUCUAGAAAUACCUGACCCGGUGCAUUUCCGUCCACGCGUUUGCAGCUUGCCGGAGAACUCGCGGGCGCCGUACAACCCACGCUCACGUGACGACAUCUACCGGUUGCGUAACUUUUCCAUCACGAGCAAAGGCGUGGUGAAUCGUGGCGAUGCAAUCAUCUCGCGCCAUUCGCGUUCCAACACCAGCAUCAAUUCCACGUUGACGGCGUUGAGCAGUCGGAGCGGAAGGAGCCGAAGCGGUGAGCGAUCAUUCGGCGGGUCGUGUUGUGGUUCCAGUUAUGUCUCGUCGGAAGAAAGCAGCGACCAUUCCAACACCAAAUAUCGCGUCGUCAUGCUAGGUGCAGCCGGUGUAGGCAAAACGGCGCUAGUGUCCCAAUUCAUGACGUCCGAAUACAUGAACACCUACGACGCCUCUUUAGAUGACGAGUUCGGUGAGAAAACUGUCAGCGUCCUUCUCGAUGGCGAAGAAUCUGAAAUGAUUUUCAUCGAUCACGCCAGCGCGGAGAUGUCGGUGGAAAAUUGUUUGACGACCUACGACCCGCACGCGUUCGUCCUGAUCUACUCUAUAACGGACCGUGGUAGUUUCCAGUUUGCCGAAGAAGUUCUCAAGUACCUGUGGCGGGAAUCGUGCACCAAGGAGAAAGCCGUCAUCCUGGUUGGCAACAAGGUGGAUUUAGCCCGAUCACGCAUCAUCAAAUGCGAAGAUGGCAAGAAGCUAGCCACUGAGCAUGAUUGCAAGUUCAUCGAGACGUCGAGUGGUAUCCAACAUAACGUGGACGAACUGCUGGUCGGCGUCCUGAAGCAAAUCCGAUUGCGGGAGGAUCUGAGCAAGAAACGUCGCAAAAAGAAGCUGAUGGGAAGCGGUUCGCGCACGUCUCUGUCGCUCGGUGUUGCCCGUGACAUCCUCCAGAAGAUGUGUCUCCAAGACAAUCGAUCUAAAUCAUGCGAAAAUCUUUUAGUUCUCUAAAAAAAAAAUGUUCUUUUUUAACAGAAAUUUAAAUCCUUUUUUCCUUUUCAAUCCCAGUACAUUGUUCACGGAUUGCCGUUUUCUCCCGCUUUAUACUGGUCCGAUAUAUUAGACACUUUAGAAGUUGCCGGUCUUGUUUUAGCCAAAGAUUUUCGAAGCCUAUAUAAGCGUAUACUACAUAUGAAAAGAGCUCUCAUUACAUCUGGGGAUGAAGCUGUUGAAUGCGGCCUGGCGAUGACUCAACAAACGAUUUCAUGACCAAUCAGCAAAACUAUUGUAUACGUCGCUGAGCAUCACAAUUGAUUCAGUCGGUGGUGGCCAUUAUGGUUUUGUUACGUUGUCCGUGUGAACGAUCUGCAUAUAUGGUUUACAGUGGAUGCUGUCACAUCACAACGGCGCUCUGCUGACAGCGUUUUUCUCGCACCAAAUUUAUAACUACACAGCAUAUUCAUGUAUUUCAAUAAUCAUUCCUAUAUACUUAAACGAUUUUCUUCAUUUAACGAUCACGCUGGCAUACGAUUGGAACAAUUUUUCAGUCUCUCCUUUUGUAAAGUACGUUUUGUGGUGGCAUAACUGUAAUUUUAAUUCCUUUUCGAUCUAAACCUUGGUAAAAACUUUCACGGGCAUUCUUUCAUAGACCGUAACUUGCAUUGCUUAAAUUCUUGAUGAAUUAUGUUGGCUACGAUGGUUGCCUGCACACAAAUUAGAGCAGGAAAUAGCACUAUAGCAGCACUAUCGUCAAUUUCUCUUCCAAAGGUGGACACAAUCGGAUCGUUUUGAAUGUGAAAUGUGCUGGAAGUAACUAUCAAAGUUAAUCUCUCAAUUUUCAAAUUUAGAAUUUUUAGCUUGAGGGUUUGCACGGAACAUUCAUUUAUUAUCAUUUUUUUUAAUGUAAAAAAUUGCAUUUUCUCUUAUGUCUUCUCCUUUGAUUUAACGACACCUCCACAUCUCUUCGCAGAGAUUCGACGACGGCCAAUAGAAUGGUGAGCCAUGUUUUCGUGUACAAUGUCAGGCAACGUUUCAUAACAGGUGGCAUUCAGAUAAAGUCUUUCGAUUACAUCAGUGUAGACUAAGCAUUUUUUUUUAAACCAAACGUGCAUGCAAGACUGUUCGGCAGUAUACGAUAACUAGCUUACGUAUAAUAAAGGGAUUAUACACACACAGCUUCGGUGCAGUGUGUAGCCCAUGAAUGAAUGGCAGUGACAGGAAAUAUUUUCGAUCUCCAUAUCACCAAACCCCUAAAUGCGUAAAAAAAAUACAUCGUCGGUCUUUAUCCGAUACGAAAGGCGCACGUUAUUUUACUUCCCGCUUGCGUUGCGGUUGGGUUUACCCAGACCAGCCUCAAUUCUUGGCCUUCUCCGAUAUUUUGAUGCUGUCAGCUGUAUGUCCUUGUAUUUACAUUCACCUUUUUUUAUUAUUUAACUAUCUAUUCAAAUAAUCUGCUGUAAUUUUUCUUCCUUCUUAUCGAGUAAGGAAGAGUACCAUAUUUUUACGAGUCAUUUAGCCUAUUCUCCUACCGACCUUGGUGUUGUGAUCCUCAGCCAUUUCGUCAUAUCUUUAUGAUUUUUACGUUUUGGAUGAAAAAAAAAAGAGUCUUUUUUUUUUGUGUAAUACACAUUAUGCACGGAAAUAA